AUGCGCCGGGAGCGGGCCCAGGCGGGGCGGCGGGUGCAGAACGGCGGGAAGGCGGGCGGGCCCGCGGACUGGAGAGUGACCCGCGGGCGGCGGGAGCACCGCUGCCAGGACCCUGGAGAGCGGCGCGCACCCCUGCCAGGACCUUGUGCGGAGGCGCGGCCGGCCGGGGUCCGCGAGCGUGAGGCACACCGCUGCCAGGACCCUGCGUGGCGCGCCCCUCCGUCACCGCCCCGCGCGCCCCCGUCGCCGUCCUUGUCCCCGGCCUGCGCCGUGCGGCCGCGCUCUCCAGCCCCUUCUCGUGUCCGUGCCCGCCGCCUCUCCGCCGGCCGCGCCCGCCUCGGGGCCCCCGCCGCCGCCGCCCUGGCGCUCCCCGCGGGCCCCGCCGAGGCCGCCUGCGCCCUGUGCCAGCGCGCGCCCCGAGAGCCGGUGCGCGCCGACUGCGGCCACCGCUUCUGCCGGGCGUGCGUGCUGCGCUUUUGGGCCGAGGAGGACGGGCCCUUCCCGUGCCCCGAGUGCGCCGACGACUGCUGGCAGCGCGCGGUGGAGCCCGGCCGCCCGCCCCUCAGCCGCCGACUGCUGGCGCUCGAGGAGGCGGCCGCGGCACCCGCGCGCGACGGCCCGGCCUCCGAGGCGGCCCUGCAGCUGCUGUGCCGCGCCGACGGGGGCCCGCUGUGCGCCGCCUGCCGCAUGGCCGCGGGGCCCGAGCCGCCCGAGUGGGAGCCGCGCUGGAGGAAGGCGCUGCGCGGCAAGGAGAACAAGGGGUCGGUGGAGAUCAUGAGAAAAGACCUGAACGAUGCACGGGACCUGCAUGGCCAGGCCGAGUCUGCUGCGGCCGUGUGGAAGGGACAUGUGAUGGACCGCCGGAAGAAAGCCCUCACCGACUACAAGAAGCUGCGGGCCUUCUUUGCCGAGGAAGAGGCGCGUUUUCUGCAGGAGGCGGAUAAAGACGAGGGGUCCUUGGAGGAUGAGGACUCAGACCCGGCUGAGCGCUUUGGGUCCCUGCUGCAGGCCGUGUCGGAGCUGGAGCAUAGGCACCGCAACCUGGGCCUCAGCAUGCUGCUCCAGUGAGCUCCUGCCCCCCCUGCUGGCUCCAGGCCCCAGAAGCUGCACCCACCGUGGCCUGGCCCCCCAUUGCUGCCUCCUGGACCCACAGCAUCCUUCACCUUCGAGGGUCUGCUCCUAGGUGUACACGCAGGAUGCGUACCACAGGUGCCCACCAUGGGUUGUGCCAGAGAGUAUCCCUGUUCCCUCUUCCUCUGGGCGUUCAUGUUCCCCAGGCUCCACACAUGUGACCCUAGAGACCUGUAGCAGGGGCACCGUUCACCCCAGUGUAUCAUGACUCUUCAUAAAGCUCUUGUCGCUGCC